CUGGAUUAAAAUCUUUUAUAUUAAUUAUAAUGCAGCUGCAGGCAGUUAAGACCAACUGUGGGCGGUCCAUUUGCUGUAGCAACUUGCUGGUGAAAAGCCAUCCUAUCCGGAACAGUUAUGCACUGUUUCGCUAUUGGUGCCAAUAGUCUCAGCCCCAAGAUAGAGGAACUGAAGUCUAUAAAAUCUCCACAGUGCUCCAUAUUAUACACAGCCUAUUCUCAGAUAAACAUACUGCAAGGAAGUGCCUUAAAAACAUAUUCCCAGUCCUGCAAGGAACUUCUGCCUCGAUGUUAUUUCGAUGAUGUGAAGAACUCUCACGUGGAAUAUCAGAAUCUUCAUUUCUGUUGUAUUGCUCAUCUCAAGAAAGAGCAGAAGACAUCUUUGUCACCAUCAUUUAAACACAACCAGUUACUACUGAAUCUGUGCCUGGAUCCAAUCAUCAAAUGACCAUGACAAACACUGUGGUGUCUUUUACACUUCUAUUCAUCUGCCUGAAUGUCAUCACUCGUGGUCAGGAAGAACCUUCCAAAAAUACAUCCACUAGGAAUUUUAUUACAGACAACCUAAAGCCAAACAGAACUACUUUUUCAAGCCCAUCAACACCUACUGCUAUUCUGUCGUACACAAACAAAUAUGAACAUCCAACCAAGAGGCCCUCACAGAAAACGUCUGGGUCUUCAGUUCCUCCGAUGUGUACUAAACAAACAGAAAUACGACACGCUUUCAAAUACAUCAAUUCUGUGGUCUCCUGCAUGAUCUUUGUGGUGGGAAUCAUUGGAAAUUCUACAUUGAUCCGAAUCAUCUACAAGAACAAAUGUAUGAGAAAUGGACCAAAUGUCUUGAUUGCCAGUCUAGCUCUCGGAGAUCUUCUCUACAUCCUGAUAGACAUCCCAGUUACCGUUUACAAGCUACUGGCAGUAGACUGGCCUUUUGGAGUUGAGGUUUGCAAGUUUGUACCAUUUGUCCAGAAGGCAUCUGUUGGUAUCACAGUCCUCAGUCUUUGUGCACUGAGCAUUGACAGGUAUCGAGCUGUGGCCUCCUGGAGUCGUGUCCAGGGCAUUGGCAUUCCCUUGAAGAAAGCUUUGGAAGUGACAGCCAUUUGGUUGAUCUCAAUUAUUUUGGCAAUUCCAGAAGCUAUUGGGUUCAAUAUGGUUUCAAUUAAGUAUCGUGGACAAGACCUUAAUGUGUGCCUGCUUCACUUGUCCCAGCCAUCAGGAUUCAUGGAGUUUUACAAAAAUGUGAAGGAUUGGUGGCUCUUUGGCUUUUACUUCUGCCUGCCUCUGGCUUGCACUGGUAUAUUCUACACUCUGAUGACCUGCGAAAUGCUGAACCGAAGAAAUGGGAUGCAAAUUGCUCUCAAUGAUCAUAUAAAACAGCGACGUGAGGUAGCCAAAACAGUUUUCUGUCUGGUGGUUAUCUUUGCCAUGAGUUGGCUCCCGCUGCAUUUAAGUAGGAUCUUGAAGAAAACUAUUUACGAUGAACAAGAUCCCAAUAGAUGUGAACUACUCAGUUUUCUUCUAGUUCUGGAUUAUAUUGGGAUUAACAUGGCUUCUCUUAAUUCCUGCAUAAAUCCAAUGGCAUUAUACUUUGUCAGUCAAAAAUUCAAGAACUGCUUCAAGUCCUGCUUGUGUUGUUGGUGUCAACGAUCAACUCUGAGCAGACCGAUGGAUGAGAAAAUGGCUGUUGUCAAGUGGAAAGCCAAUGUCCAUGCAAAUGGUCUGGAUCGGAGCAGUUCACGCUUCAGUAACAAAUACAGCUCAUCUUGAACUAGUUAAAAAAAAGUUAGGGGGAGGAAAGCUCCUCCUGGCUCUCCACUACCAUUUAAAAUGGUUUCAUAUCUGUAUCUGUAAUGCAUUAUACAUGGGAAAGUCAAAAGCUUAUGUUCGUCUGCAUAUUGACACUUUGGAUGCUUGCAGUAAUGUAUAAAAACAAAAAUCAUCUCUUUUGACCUUGAUAUUUCAGUUAAAAGGGGCUGCUCAUUCACUUUCGUGAUUAAUUGCCAAAGAGAAUAAUUAAUUAAAGUACAAAUAGAUCAUACUCUAUCCAAAGAAUACUUUGGUAAUUAUGAAAAUAAAUUUAAAAAGCUGUAAAUUUACUAAAACAAUGCAAAAACUUUUAAGCGCUACUGAUUUGGUAAAACAUUGUGGAUAUAUCCAUUUGUACCGAUGCACUAAUUCACCUUUUUUAGUUUAGUUUAGAGAUGCAGCACGGAAACAGGCGCUUCAGCCCACCGUGUCCGCACCGACCAGCGAUCCCCGCACAUUAACACUAUCCAACACACACACACACACACUAGGGACAAUUUACAUUUAUACCAAGCCAAUUAACCAACAAACAUGCACGUUAUUUGGAGUGUGGCAGGAAACCAAAGAUCUCGGAGAAAACCCACCCGGUUACGGUGAGAACGUGCAAACUCCGUACAGACAGCACCCAUAGUCAGGAUCGAACCCAGGUCUCUGGCGCUGUAUGCACUGUAAGGCAGCAACUCUACCGCUGCGCCACCUUGCCUCCAUCCUUUGAGUGAAACCCAUUUGGCUACAUUAAAUGGUUCUUAGUCAGAUCAUGUUGCACAGCCUCAUACAGAUUAGUUGUUUGCAGUAUUUCUGCACCAUAUUGUAGUUAUUUUGUCAAGGCAAUAAAUUAUCUAUGAAUCUGUAUAAUAUAUUUUAGUUCAGUAUGUUUUUUUCUAAAUAAUCGGAAUUAGGUUGGUACUUAACUCCUAUUGUUCAGGAGACAUGUGUUAACAAUCUUAUCUACUUACAAGGCAGCUCAUAUUUUCAGUAAGAGAACAACAAUUUCAUUUACUUUCAAAUUAUAAAGAAAAAUUCAACAUACGAAUUUUCAAAUAAAGCUACCUGUAAUGUGUGAAUGAUAAAUUACAAGAUUUAAAUUUCAAAAUCUUCAAAUCAUUUUCUUAAGCUUGACAUAAGAUGUUUUUAAAUGCCAAGCCAACUUUUAUAGCUAAAACAUAAGAACAUACAGUGACACCAAGGACAGGGAAAAGAGAAACACAAUGACAAUUCAUUCAUUCAUUUUAACCACAUUAUGGCAUUUGUUUGAAACUACAGAAUUAAAUAUGCACUCUGCAUUAUAAUACUAUACACAAAACAUCAAGAGUGCAUUUAAAUAUCCCAAAAAUUGCUUUGAUCAAAGCUCGACUAUUUUCACUUCAGUGUCUUAUUUCUAAGAUUUUCUAAUGACAUGCCUAGUUUUCAGAUGUAUGUCCCAUUACUAAACCAUCAGUGGCCUUGCCUGGUAAAUCCAGGUACAUAAUAUUCAUGUCCUUUCUUUUCCCAGUGUACAUUA